CUGGUGUAGCGUGACUUAGAUGAAUAAGUUGCGCCUUACUGGAGGGUCAAAUGAAAGAAACGUGUUUGUAAGUCUCUUUGGUGGAAAGAGUGCAGAAAUAUACCAUUUCCAUACAGCGCUGCUUAACAGUGUCAAAUUUGACACGGAAAGAUCUUUAUAUCUCACGACAUGUAUUUCCUUGGACUAUUGUCUUUGCUUGUUCUGCAAAGUAAAGCCUUCAAGACAAAUUUUCCUGAUGAAACUAUUGCUGAGCUUUCUGUGAAUGUUUACAAUCAGCUACGAGCUGCAAGAGAAGAUGAGAAUAUUGUUUUCUGUCCUCUGAGCAUUGCAAUAGCCAUGGGAAUGAUAGAGCUUGGAGCCCACGGAACCACUUUGAAAGAAAUUCGGCAUUCACUGGGUUUUGACAGCUUAAAAAAUGGUGAAGAGUUCACCUUUCUGAAGGACCUUUCUGAUAUGGCAACUACUGAAGGAAGUCAUUAUGUUUUGAAUAUGGCUAACUCUCUCUAUGUUCAGAAUGGAUUUCACGUUAGUGAAAAAUUCUUGCAGUUGGUGAAAAAAUACUUCAAAGCUGAAGUAGAGAAUAUAGAUUUCAGCCAGAGUGCAGCUGUAGCUACCCACAUCAAUAAGUGGGUAGAGAAUCAUACAAACAAUAUGAUCAAAGACUUUGUGUCAUCAAGAGACUUUGGUGCUCUAACUCACUUGGUUCUCAUCAAUGCAAUCUACUUUAAAGGCAAUUGGAAAUCACAAUUCAGACCUGAAAAUACAAGAACUUUUUCUUUCACUAAGGAUGAUGAGACUGAAGUGCAGAUUCCAAUGAUGUACCAGCAGGGAGAGUUUUAUUAUGGAGAGUUCAGUGAUGGCUCUAAUGAAGCAGGUGGUAUCUACCAAGUUCUAGAAAUACCGUAUGAAGGAGAUGAAAUUGGUAUGAUGAUUGUUCUUUCCAGGCAGGAAGUUCCACUGGUCACAUUGGAGCCGCUUGUCAAAGCCUCAUUGAUUAAUGAGUGGGCUAACUCGAUAAAAAAGCAAAAAGUCGAAGUUUACUUACCAAGGUUCACGGUAGAACAAGAAAUUGAUCUGAAAGAUGUAAUGAAAGGUCUUGGAAUUACGGAAGUGUUCAGCCGUAGUGCUGACCUCACUGCGAUGUCUGAUAACAAAGAACUUUUCCUUGCAAAGGCACUUCAUAAGGCUUUCCUAGAAGUUAAUGAGGAAGGAUCAGAAGCUGCUGCUGCCUCAGGAAUGAUAGCCAUUAGCAGAAUGGCAGUACUGUAUCCCCAAGUUAUAGUUGAUCAUCCUUUUUUCUUCCUGGUCAGAAACAGAAGAACAGGUACUGUGUUAUUCAUGGGGAGGGUAAUGCACCCUGAAGCGAUGAAUACGAGUGGCCAUGACUUUGAAGAGCUUUAACUACUGCCAGCUACCAAAAUGAGGAAAAAAGCACAUCAAGUUUGAAGUUAAUAUAUUUAAGGUUUGCUGUGUAUUUUCCCCCCAAGAGAUUGUUUAAAAUGCUUUCAGAUCUAUGUGCAAGUCAGUUUCCAGAGGAAAAGUUCACAGUAUUAAAAUAAUGGUUCUGUUUUUGUUAUUGUGAUUGCUGUGUCCUUAAAAUAAAACUGUGUACGUGUCAACAACUGUUUCUUGUUCUAGUGAAUUGUAAAGUAAAAAUCUUGCAAAUCCAUAACUCGUGAAUUGUUUACAGUGCAAAGACUUACUGGAUCGAUGAGACAGGAGCAGAAUGUGUUCAGCUCUGAGUACUCAAAUGACAAACCGUCAUGAUUUACAGUUGAACUACAUCUGGAAAAUGUAAUCUUGUAAUAGUAAACAGACUGCAAUGUGCUGUCUCAAAGUUAAUGGAAGAAACUAAACCUAAUGGAUUCUGUCUGAGAACUGUGGUGUAGACUAUGUAAACUCCACCGCGUGAUUCUAAAAUGCUGCUUUUAUGAAUGCUCCUGCAUGCAACUCCGUGGUUCACCUUCCGUAAGUGUUGAUACCAAUAAAAUUUGAUCGCAUGACUAUUUCAA